UGAUUGUAUCUGGCUCAUUUUGUUUGACAACAAAAAAUAAUUUUAUUCCAAACAAAAAAGUACACACCUAGAGUAUUUUACAAAGUUAUUUUUAUUUUUUAAUAUCAAAAUGGUUUCAUAUUUCACUAUCGAUGCUACGGGUGAGGUGACAAACUUUCAAAAGGAGAUAUCGAACAUGAUGCACGGAUUUGGUGAUAACCCCAAUCCGAACGCUGCUACUGUGUUGUUAGUAGAGAAUAUUGUACUGCAGCAGCUUCGCAGUAUGUUACAGGAGGCCUUCAACUAUUCUAACAUGAGAGGAGGCAAGGCUAUAUCCAAUUAUGAUGUCAUAUACCUUAUGCGAAAGAAUACAUUAAAACUGAAAAGGUUGUAUGAGUAUCAAAUAAAAUUGGACAAAAUAGAUAAAAAUCGAUCUGCACUUACUACAGACACUGAUCCUAUAAUGCCUGGCAUUAUGUUAGAAGACGAGAAAGAUCCUACUGUGAAGAAAAGGAGAACACACAUUGCUGUCAUAAAGGAGCUAGAUGAAAGUGAUGAAGUUAGUGAGAUAAAACUGGACGUUAUUGAUUAUUUGAGAAAGGUGAGGGCUGCAAAAAUAACAGAAUCAAUGACCUUUGAGAAGUAUGAAGCAUAUCACAAAGCUAGGUGUAGCUCAUUCCGUUCCGGGGCAGGUCUUUGUAGAGGUUUCAACAAAUUGGAAAAGUGGAUCAAUCCUAAUAAGGAUUUGAUAAUAACUGUGCAAGCAUUGGAAGUGUUGUGUUUCUUGGCCUAUGAAACUGUAGCUGAGAUUGUUGAUGCUGUUUUUCUUAUUCGUCAAGACGCUAAAAAGAAAAGCGGUGAUCCAUUUAGUAAAUUUGAAGGUGGUCAUUUUUGUAAUCCUGUGAGCUUGAACAAUGCUGUGUAUAUAAAGUCUGGCUAUGAGGGAGUCCCAGCAAUUACAGUGGCAGAAGUGAGGGAAGCUUUGAGGAGACAUUUCAACCCACGAGUGGGCAUGAAUGGCUUAUUCUAUAGAAACAUGAGCAAUGAUUUACCUGUAAGAUAUAUUGCUAUUUAAGACAAUAAUAAUUCUGUUGUAUCAAUAUGUUAUUGUAAAUAAAUAUUUUUAAGGUAUAAAUUUUUUCAUCAUUUUAUGAAGAACAUACUUUUUAAUGUGAGUUAUGCAAAACUGUCCUUAUGCAGGAGUAUUAUCUAUAUAAUUAAAAAUUGUAUCAUAAAACCUAUUUAUAAAAG